GAGGGCGCUCGCUCGCCUGCCUAUAAGUACUACCCACGCGUAUGCUUGCUAGGCAUUCACCGUCCACGUUCCAUAUGGCUUCCUGCAGGAUGGCACUCCUCCUUGGCUUGCUGCUGCUAGUAGUAGCUUCGCCCGCGAUCGCUGAUGACGACUCCGGUAUCUACUACCAGCUGGCUCUUAUGUGGCCAGGAGCAUACUGCGAGCAGACCAGCGCUGGGUGCUGCAAGCCGACCACCGGCGUCUCGCCGGCGCGCGACUUCUACAUAACGGGCUUCACCGUCCUUAACGCGACCACCGACGCUGCAGUGACGGGAUGCAGCAACAAAGUUCCUUACGACCCUAACCUGAUUACCGGCAUCCAAGGCCUGAAUCAGUACUGGAGCAACAUCAGGUGCCCCAGCAACAACGGGCAGAGCAGCUGGAAGAACGCCUGGAAGAAGGCCGGCGCCUGCUCCGGCCUCAGCGAGAAAGACUACUUCGAGACUGCCCUCUCCUUCCGUAGCCGGAUCAACCCACUCGUUCGCCUCAAAGCCAAAGGUAUCGAGCCGGACUUCGGGCUCUACGGCCUCAAGGCGAUCACCAAGGUCUUCAAGAGCGGCAUCAACGCGACGCCGGUGAUCCAGUGCAGCAAGGGCCCCUUCGACAAGUACAUGCUGUUCCAGCUCUACUUCUGCGCGGCGGGGAACGGCACGUUCAUCGACUGCCCCGCGCCGCAGCAGUACACCUGCUCCAAGGAGAUCCUCUUCCACCCCUUCAAGAAGUGGAUGCUCAAGCAGCAGCUCAACCAGGACGACGACCCUUUCCAGCUGCCUGGCGUCGCCAUGGACAACUGAUACACCGUACCGUCGUCUCUGUUUGCGUUUCUGUCAAGUGUGCAUGGAAUAAUACUGUAACUGUGUUUCCUGCCGGGCAAUGCACUGUGAUAUGAUGCCCAACGAAUAAAUGUCGCUUUUAUUUUUAUUCGACUUCCCCCCUGUACCGUGUGGAAAUAAACCUAUUAUAAGCAUCGUGUUGAAACUCAUGA